UGGCAGGCAAUGCUAUCAGUCCAUAAAUGUGUUUCCUUGAUGGCUAUAUAGACCUUCACUCAAUGUAACCAGAGUUUCAAAGCUAUCGGGCUGUAUAUCUUUUGUGAGGCAUUCGUGUAUGUAAUGAGGACCCUGUUGAACGUUGCUCUGUUGCAUGCUCCAGAAAACAUUCAGAUUUACUGCAGUUUUAGUACCAUUGUGAAUGCUUCGCGUGAAUUAUUAAUCUGCCUUGCCCUCGUCGUUCAUUCAACUACAUCGCAACCGGUACAACAACUCUACAUUCACAAGGAGUGCAGGCAUAGUGCAGAAAGACAGGCGUAUUUCCGGUUGGUUUGCUGUACAUGAUAGCGACAUUAAUCUAGGAAUAACAUGGAUAAUAAUUGGAGAAGAGCACACAAGAGACUGAUGGCAUUCAGAGGAAGAGUUGGAACUUCCAAACUGCCAAAGACUGAAAUAGAAGAACCAUCACCCUCUGAUGGCCAGCUGAAAGUGGAGAAAGUCGACCUACUAUUAGCCAAGAAUCGACAGUCUCAUCGUACCGAGAAUUAUGAAAAUACGGGUUUGGUUCUCAGACGUGGACAGAGUUUUGACAUAGAGAUUACUCUGGCUCAGGUGUAUGAUGAAGCAGCCAAACAUCAGAUAACGCUCGAGCUCUGGUGGGGAACCGAAGCCUUGGAUUCUCAUAACGCACACGUUGUAAUUCCCAUCCGUUCGAGCAGUGUAGCUAUUGAUAACCUCGGUACCUGGGCUGCUAAGUUUGUCAACAUGAAAGAGAAUAAGGUCACUGUCCAGAUCUUGAGUCCAGCUGACGGCCUGGUUGGACGAUACCAGAUUGAUGUCACUACGAAGGUUGAUGGCAAAAAUGAUUACCGUUUUAUCAUGGAAGGUCACGUGUACUUGCUGUUCAACCCAUGGUGUGAAGCUGACGAUGUGUUUAUGCACAAUGAAAUCCAAAGGAAAGAAUACGUGUUGAAUGAUAUGGGAAUGUACUUCUACGGCGCUGGCAACCAAGUUGGACACGCCCCUUGGUACUUCGGACAGUUUGAGGUAGGAAUUUUGGAGUGUGUGGUUACUUUAAUGGAAGCUGCCAACAAGAGACCUUCUGCCUACUCCAGCCCAAUCGAGAUAUCUCGACUUCUCUCUGCUUUGGUAAAUGCACCGGAUGACAAUGGAAUUCUUGUUGGUAACUGGAGCGGUAACUACGAGGGUGGAACGGAGCCUACUGCCUGGUCCGGAAGUGCAUCCAUCUUUGAGGAGUUCAUACGAACAGGACAACCGGUGUGUUAUGGCCAAUGUUGGGUCUUUGGAGGCCUGCUCUCCACAGCUCUGCGCACAAUUGGCAUCCCAGGUCGCACCAUCACUAAUUUCAAUUCAGCACAUGAUGCAGAUGCCAACUGCCUUUUAGAUUACCACUUUGAUGCUGAUGGAAACCCACUGGACAAUGAUGAUAGUGUGUGGAACUUUCAUGUGUGGAAUGAUGCUUGGAUGGCUCGUCCUGACCUGCCUAAGGGGUAUGGGGGAUGGCAAGCAGUUGAUUCUACCCCGCAAGAAUUAAGUGACUAUGUGUUCCGGACUGGUCCUUCUUCCCUAACGGCCAUCAAGAACGGUCACGUGUAUCUCAACUAUGACACCAAGUUUGUCUUUGCAGAGGUGAAUGCUUGCAAAGUGUCUUGGAAGCUGAGUGCAGAUCUUGCAGAGGCACCGAAGUUAAUUCAAAUUGACACAAAAGCUGUUGGAACUCGUGUUGUGACUAAAGCUGUAGGAAAGUCCGAAAUGGAAGAUAUCACAAAUCAGUACAAGCAGAAAGAAGGUAGCGUGUACGAGUAUCUUAGCCUAUUCGCUGCCGAUAAGUACGUGGAUGGUCUGAAAAAGCUGCUGCCAGACGUGGUCAACGAUACAGCCAUAGAACUCGUCCUACCUCCAAAGACCCUGAUUGGUGAUGACAUGAUAGUCAAAGCAAAGCUCAGCAAAACAUGCCCUGUUGGGACAACACGCAAUGCACAUGUGUCUGUCACUUGUAAUUCUGUGUACUACACAGGAGUGAAAGCAAAGACCAUCUUCCAAACAACGGAUACCGUUGAGAUCAAAGCAAAAGAGGAAGUUUUGGAAUGGCAAAUCAAGGCAGCAGACUACCUUCCACUCCUAGUUGAUCAAGCCAAUAUGAGAUUUUACGUUAGCAUGUAUGAAUCAGAAACCAACAACACUGUGACAGAAGGAAUCAACUACCGCCUGAUCAAGCCUGAUCUGGUAGUCCAGGUGCCAACAUCUGCUCCGGUUGGGCAGUUUUUCAGCGCAACGGUGACAUUCACCAACCCGCUUGACAUAAUGCUUCAGGAUUGUUUCUUCCAUACUGAGGGUCCAGCUGUGCUGAUUCACAAGAAAGAAACAUUCAGAAACAUCAAGCCCAAAGAAACAGUGAUAUACACUGUGCGAGUUAUCGCUAAGAAGCCACCAGGAAAGAAGGACAUCAUUGUGUCCUUCUCCUCUGUGGAUUUGAUCGGCGUGUCGGGCAAGGCAACUGUCAAUCUGGUAUAAAAACAAUGAGCUAAGAAAGUUGAUUAAAAACCCUCAGAACCGACGUUAUUAAAUUAUCAUGAAAGAAUGACCCAAACUAACUGUAACAAGCGCCCUCAACGGUAACCGCGGUAAUAAAAUAUAAUCAGUUGAAGCAAUAGUGGAUGAGUGGCAUGAUACAAAACUUUUUGUUUAUGUUGUUUUUUGUAAGUUUACUGAGCACGGAUGAAGUUCAUGCUAAACCCAUUCUUUUAGUGAAAUGUUUCACUCAAAAAAAACAUUUCUUUUGAAUAACUGUCCUAAAACCUUAAUUUUGGUUAUUAUAAACCUAAGGGUAACGUGUUUAAGUGCUGAAAUUAACACAUGUUUUUUUUGUUUUUUUUAUCAGAGACUUGUUGAUUAAUUUGUAUGAUUGAUCACACAAAACGUUACUGUCUGCGAUACUUAUCCAUUAUUUAUCCAAAGCAGAAUAGCAGCAUUUUGUGUCACUAUGUACUUUGUGUUAACUUUAUAAAUAUAAGUCUAGAACUGCCCCCUCCCCCUCCCUAAACAAAAACACACCCAGAUAUGGACAGACAAGUUUUAAACGAAAAUUUCAGUACUUUAAUUAUUUGGUAAAAGAAUAUUUUCACACACACAAAUAUUAAAUUUUGUUUUUAAUUUACUAAACAUUUGUGCUGUGAUUAUGAGGUAAUAUUGCUUUGUCUAGCCUUAUAAUAGUUGUGUAAAAUUCAGUAUUUCUUGAUUGCGAAUUUGACUCUAGAAGGCAUUGCGAUAUUGAGGAAAGAAUAAGCGUUAAGUUCCUAUAUCAAGCAUGCUGGUUUUUAAGGGUCGUCCGAGGUUUCUUUGUUUUAUUGAACAAAACAUGUUUUUCAAGUGCACUUGAAUUUGUUAAGUUUAGUUGAUAUUUAUUACAAUUCUUUAAAACACGGCAACGGUGGAAGAAGGGUUCAUUGACAAAAAGCUUAUGGGUAUCUGUGGGUAAACCUUCUCAUUAAAAAGCUCUAAGUAACUCUUAUGACGAGAGUACCUUCAUAGGCCAUACAAGAACAUUAUUUUUGAGUUGAGUAUAAUUUUGUAUGAUAUUAUGAUAAAACUAUAUGUGUCUACCCCAUAAUGCCGAAUAAGAUGAUUGGUUGUUCAAUACACUA